AUGGACGUCUCCCCUCCCACUUCUACCACUCCACCCGCCGACCCCACCGGAACCGCGGCUGGGAAGAAACGUGCCGCCGCCGAGGCGGUCAAGGCCAUGUCGCCGCGCGAGUUUCGGAAAUGGAACAAGCUGGCGGACGGCAUGGCCACCUUUCACGAUAGGUUUGAGCGCGAGUUCAACUACGUCUAUCAACUCGCAGACGGGGGAUGGCGCGCCAAAGUCCCCUUCGCUAGGUUCAUCCGGGAAGCCGAGCAGGUCUCGCAUCACCUCGACAUGCACCACCGCAUAGAGGAGGCGUACUUCUUUCCCAUGCUGGCCAAGAAAUUGCCCCAGUUCAGCACCAAUGGUCGCGGGGCGGAACAUGUCGCCUCGCAUAGAGCCAUCCAUCGGGGGUUGGACAAGUACGAUGCCGUGCUUGAGCGAGCUCGGCGCGAUCCCGACGGGUAUGACGGCAAAGAGCUGAGGGAGGUCAUGGAUGGGUUUAGGGAGGUUCUGUUCAAUCAUCUCGAGGAAGAGGUUAGGGAUCUCGGGGCGGAGAGUGUUUACGCUGCGGGCUUUACGCUUGAUGAGCUCGCUAGGUUCCCAAUGUAG